AUGGCCACGCCACAAUUGAGAGCCCUUGGUGGCCUCGCGCGCAGCAUGCGCGUCUCUCGCCGCGCCUUCAGCGUUUCCGCCCGCCAGCUCGAAUCGACUGUCCCGACGACACGAGACGAGUUCAAGACGCCUACGAAGACCGGUGACUCCGCGCCCGUCGAAAUCGGCCAGGCUCCCAACCGUGUGGAAGUCUGGUCCCGAAAUCAGAAGCCGCGAGCCACUGCUAUGACCGGCCCUCGAUUCGAGCAGACCGACUUCGAAGUUCAGCCUCAACCUCUCUCUGCUAUGGAGAUGGUUCACAAGCAGCCUGUCCGAUGGACGCACGACCGCGUUGUUGUCUGCGAUGGCGGCGGCAGCGCCGCCCACGGUCACCCCAGGAUUUUCAUCAACACCGACAAGGCCGAGAUUUCUACCUGCAACUACUGCGGCACACCUUUCGCCAACGAGCACCACCGUAAGCACCUCGAAGCACUCCCCCAGACGUCCUACCCUUUGUCAUAA